AUGUCAACAGAAGCUGAACUCAAAGGCAAAAAACGUACACAUGAUGAGGACGAUGAAUCGAAUGGAGAUACUGAAAUAGCAACUAGUACAAAGAAAAAGGCAACUCCUGUAAAAGCUGUGACAUCAACAGCAAAGAAUCGUUCAGCCAAUGAUGAUGAUGAAUCACGGGGAGACACAAAUGACGAUGAUUCUAAUAGUGUUGAUGCUAGAAAACGAAACGGUAAACCCAGUUCAACGGAUGCUGGUGCCAGUGGUGAUCCAGAUGAAAGUGGAGAUUAUGAAGAUGAAGAAGAUGAGAACUCUGAAGUUGAUGAAGGUGAAGGCAGUGAAGGUGAGAGCGAAGAAGUCGAAUUUGGUCUUGUUCGAACGAUGUCGGCAACAGACAAUUGGAUCAAAUUAUAUCGAUGGUGGCAAGAACAUUUAAAAUCACGUUUUAAUUCCUCAUCAACAUCGCAUACAAACGAAUUAUCGCGAAGAUCGUUACUACAACGUCGUUCAUCUCUCAUGUCAUUUCGUUCUUCGAAUAAUCCCAAACUAAUCAAACUGAAAAAAAGAGCAUCAUUCGGCGGCAUUGAACAACAUGAACAUGUCACUAAUGACGGUUUUCGACAUGUGCGUGAUAGCGUUCGGCAUAGAAACUCUCGCUCAACAACAACAACACCUGCCGGCAAUCAUAAAAGGUCAGUUAAUUGA